AUGACACCAAUUGGCGGCAAUACCAACUGCACCAUCUUGCUGGUCAAUUCCAACAGCGACCAGCUGGACAAAAAGUUUGUGUCCUUCCGCACCAACAGCACCACCAUCUACAAGGGAAACCAAGGCGGCAGCGAGCCUGGGGAUGAUGAUGACCGCGGCAACGAUCCAAGCUCUGGCCUUAGUUUGAACUUUUUGGGCGACGCCGCAAAAUGGCUCGCGGAUGCGAUCGCCAGUGGGUACGGCGUGGUCUUGAUCAUGGGAUUGAGUGCGAUUGUCUUGGCCAUCCUGAGAGGAUGCGCUCGGUGCUGCUGCAAGCUUGGCGUCAGCGAAAAGCACAAAGACCGCUCUGCCUGCGUCAACUUUUUCCACGAUCUCUUGCAAAUAUGCCUGCUACCAAUCUACCUCAUCAAGUACAUUAUUGACAUUUUCCGCAAGCCCCCGCCGCCCGAUCAGGAUGACAUGAACACAAGACGCUUUGACGAACGUUCGGCACCACGGGCAAGCUUUGAUGAAGAAGGUCGCUGGUCGCAGCGGUUGUCGACGAGUCCUCAAGACUCCCCGAGCUCGCACAGCACUACCGGCCUGAUGGGGCCUUCCCGCGGUCCCAUGACGGAGAGUGCAUCUCGACGCCGCCUUCAGUUUGAUUCUGCCCGCAACUCGGAUGCCUCAGCCACCUCAUCGACUUCGCGUUCUGCAAUGAUUGGUCACACGGUCUUGGCGACAUCGCGGAAAGUAGGCCGCACUUUGUGGAAUGCCGUCAGAGCCGGCAGUUCGAUGCUGCGAGCGCGACUCGCGCGAGAUGCUGCAGUUGGCUCUGAGGCAUCCCAGGCGCCUACAUGGACUGAGAUGGAGCAAACACGACGCGCGCCCCUGGAGCCCACAGGAGCGUCUGACGUCAGUAGACCGCGACAGACCAUGCCCGAGCAUGCCACUGCAAAUCAGAAUCGAGCGGUCAGUAGCCAUCGGCCGCGCACCACGCUGUCGCGCGCUGAACUGCAAAUACUCGCUCGUUCGAAUCGGCCAGUGUACUUUAACUUUAGACGGGUGCGUCUUCAAGAGAUUGGCAGUCAGAUUUUUAACCCAGGUCCCCAGUUCAGCGUCCUAGGUCGCAUGAGCGUGCUGACUUACCCUGAUAGUCCUGACGAGUACAUUUUCCAUUUAGACUCGCACACGUUCCAGACCAUGGCGUGCAACGAGCAACAACAGAUGGAGGAACUGCAUCCGGCCCGCCGCCUUGACGAAGCGUUCUUCACUCAAGGCCUCACCCUACAGCAAGCCGAACGGCUGUUAUCAACGCAUCCUCAAUUCCCGUGCAUUAAUCCUCCAGGGGAUUCCGAGUAG